AUGUCUUUCGACAUGGACUUUACCUUCAUGAGCCGGUAUACCGACGGCUUCGAGUUGAAUUUUCGAGGACGCAGUUAUCGCUUUCACGAUCCUGAUGCAAAUCGAAAGGAAUUCGUUGUCACAGGGUUAAACCGACUACCACCACUGCCAAGCAAGAAAAUGUAUCGUAUCAUCGUGAAAAAUCUGACAUUCCAGGUGAUGAACAAUCCGGGAACCAACCUUGCUGAGACUUACGUCAAGCUACCCGUUGCCGAUCGAUUUGUUGUUUACGAAGACAAACAAGGGAACUACGGUGCUUACAAGGCGUUGCCCUAUAUGGGCAAUUAUGCAACCACUCGCUUUGUUCAUAUUGUAUACAAUGUCACUGCGGCUCAGGUAUCUGGUGACGUGAACACGGCCAUUGCCAAACACGCAGGUGGUGUCUAUCUGACGAAUCUGAAAUUGCCCAAUCCUUAUGCAAAACUCCCCUCGUUUUGGCCUCAACAAGUAGCUGCUGUGGCGGCAAAGAAUGGA